CGGGCGAGGCGACCCGCAGGGCGCGGGGGCAGGUGGCAUGAGCCCCCCCCCCGGGAUGCUGAAGGAUGGAGAAGGAGGAGGAGGAUGAUGAUGAGGAGGAGGAAUUAUCCCUGUUCUGCUCGCCCUCUGUGAAAGGCUGCCUGUCAUUGUUGGCAGCUCCAGUGUGCAACUUAAAGGUUGAAAACAAAGGUUUUUCCCCAUUAUAUCCACCCUGGAAGGAUCUGGAUCCGAGAUCUGACACAGAAUCCAUCAAACCAGAUAUUCCCGGGAGAAGGAGGAGGCGCAGGUGGAAAGCGCGGCAGCGGCGGGGGACAGAAGUUCCCUCCGCUCUUCCCGAGGGGACUCCAGGUUGGAUUUUCGUCCUUCCCGAGCUCCGGCCGCGCUGGAUCCUCCCCUUGGCAGCUCCCCCGGGCCCGCCCGCCCCUUCAGAACCCUCGAGGCUCCACAAAAACCCCUCUCCGGGCGGCCCAACUUCCCAUUCCCAACCUCUCCAACAUGGCAAAAUGUGGAGCCUGUGGACCAGGAUAUGCAAGUCCUCUGGAUGCCAUGAAAGGUCCCCGGGAGGAGCUGCUCUACCUGCCCUGCAUCUACAGGAACACGGGGAUCCAAAAGCCUGACUACCUGGCCACGGUGGAUGUGGACCCCAAAUCCCCCCACUACUGCCAGGUGAUCCAUCGCCUGCCCAUGCCCAACCUGCAGGAUGAGCUGCACCACUCCGGCUGGAACACCUGCAGCAGCUGCUUUGGGGACUCCAGGAAAAGCAGGAAUCUCCUCAUCCUUCCAGCCCUCAUCUCCUCCAGGAUCUACGUGGUGGAUGUGGGAACAGACCCCAGGGCUCCCAGGCUCCACAAGGUGGUGGAGCCGACGGAAUUGUUCGGGAAGGGGAACGCGGCCAACCCUCACACCUCCCACUGCCUGGGCUCUGGGGACAUCCUCAUCAGCUGCCUGGGAGACCCUGCUGGCAAUGGCAAAGGGAAAGGAUUCCUGGCCCUCCUUGCUCCAGGGAAAGGAUUCCUGGCCCUCCUGGCUCCAGGGAAAGGAUUCCUGGUAAGAAUUCCUUGUUCCCUCCUGCAGAAAGGGGACUGGGCAGCGGAGAAGGUGAUCGAAGUGCCCAGCAAGAAGGUGCAAGGAUGGCUCCUCCCGGACAUGCCUGGUCUCAUCACUGACAUCCUGAUCUCCCUGGACGACAGGUUCCUGUACUUCAGCAACUGGCUGCACGGGGACGUGCGGCAGUACGAGAUCUCCGACCGGCGCCGGCCCCGGCUCGUGGGGCAGGUCUUCCUGGGGGGCAGCAUUGCCAGGGGGGGCCCUGUGACUGUGCUGGAGGACAAGGAGCUGCAGUGCCAGCCAGAGCCAUUUGUCAUCCAGGGCAAGAAGGUUCCAGGUGGGCCUCAGAUGCUGCAGCUGAGCUUGGAUGGGAAGAGGUUGUACGUCACCAACUCCCUGUACAGCGGCUGGGACAAGCAGUUCUACCCCGAGCUGCUCCGGGAAGGCUCUGUCAUGCUGCAGAUCGACGUGGACACGGAGAAGGGAGGCCUGGCCGUCAACAAGAACUUCCUGGUGGAUUUUGGGAAGGAGCCGGACGGGCCGGCGCUGGCCCACGAGAUGAGAUACCCCGGGGGGGACUGCACCUCGGACAUCUGGCUGUGACCAUCCUCCUGGGGCUGCUCUGUCCCCUCCCAGAGCUUCCCAAACCUUCCCUUUAUCACCAGGAGAAUCAGGGCACCUGGAACUUUGCCCGCUGCCUAAAUUCAGAUUUCUCUUCCUGAACUCUCACUUCCGUCUCAUUCCUGUGUCCGUGCACUGAUGCCAUAAAAAAUCAGCAAUAAAAUCACCCUUCAGCUCAGGGGGAGGGGCAUUUUUUUUUGGUCUUUCA